CCUUAUUGAUUGUGUCAUCUUUAAGCUCACACAAGUGUGGCUGACAAAGUGGGAAAGCCACACACGUUUAGUCCUAGAAUUGAAUGUUGUGAGGACAACCGUACUUUCCUCGUUUCUGAAUAUAUAAAAUGUCUUCUCUUCUUAAGGUGGACAAUGAAAUCAAAACCAAGGUUGACGCUUUCAGGGAGCGAAUCACCGGAGAAGCAGAGAACCUAGUUGCAAAUUUCUUCCCCAAAAAAUUACUGGAACUCGACCAUUUCCUUAAGGAUCCCAUGUUAAACAUCUGUGAGCUAAAGGAGAUCCACUCUGAGAUUAACCUUACAGUGCCAGACCCUAUUCUACUGUCAGACCUUCACGAUGGACUGGAAGCGCAAAAUGCCAAGAAAAGAAAGAUGGGGGAUGGACCUGGAGAUAUGGUGUCUGGUACUAAGGUGUUUGUCAUGCCUGGCGGCAUGAUGAAGAGUAACGGCAAGCUUGUGGACCUGAUUGAGAAGGUGAAACCAGAGAUCAGGACCCUCAUAGAGAAGUGUAAUACAGUCAAAAUGUGGGUUCAGUUGCUUAUCCCAAGAAUAGAAGAUGGCAACAACUUCGGAGUGUCAAUUCAGGAGGAGACGGUAGCUGAGCUGAGGACUGUGGAGGGAGAGGCAGCGUCUUACCUCGACCAGAUAUCUAGAUACUAUAUUACAAGGGCAAAGCUAGUGUCCAAAAUAGCCAAAUAUCCACACGUGGAGGAUUAUCGGCGCACAGUAACGGAGAUAGACGAGAAGGAGUACAUCAGCCUCAAGAUCAUAGUUUCAGAGCUCAGAAAUCAAUAUGUAACGUUACACGACAUGAUUCUGAAGAACAUUGAGAAGAUCAAGAGGCCAAGGAGCAGUAACACAGAUGCAUUAUAUUAAGACUUACUGGCCCUUCCCACCACCACUAUCACCCCUUCUCUCUUUUCUCUACCUCUCCCUGCCAUGCUGUUAAACAAGUGGUCGAAAGGAGCAUAGAGCUAGACUUGACUCUUAACUGUUCAGUACAAUCCAGAAACCAUUGCCUCAGUAGAAGUUAACCCUGACCCUUUCUCUUGUUUGAAUUGUAAAAUAUUGCCCUUGUUUUAAACCCCUAUGAAGAAUACUCUUAAGGAACCGAGAGGCUCUUGAAAAGCGCUAUGUGUUUUUUAAAUUUAAUUAAAAACAUUUUGUCCAUUGGA